GUGAAUACAAUCACUCUCCUCAAAUCUUGUUAACAUGGGACCCUAAAAUUUAGGCGUGAUCAUAGUUGUCUGUCUAAAACUUUACCCUUUUAAAUCAGUUUCAUUGUUUCAUUUCAUAAGUUCAGUUCAUACUAACUCACAUUAAUAAUCAAAUCUUAACCAAAGUUUUAAUCUUUUCACAAACCCCAUCAGAUCUCAAUCUCACAAUGUCAAAAUCCAUCAAUUUCCUUCUAACCCUUUUCUUAUUACUCAGUUUCAACCACGUUGUUACACAAUGUUCCGAAGUUGAUGAAUUUGAUGAACUAUUAGCAUUAGACGAUGAAUUAGAGCGAGAAAAGGAACAUGAUGGUGUGAAAUCAUCUGAAGCAGAGGUUUUAACCAAAGCACAAAGGAUUGUUCAUGAACUCAAUAAUGAAAACACAGAGAGAAUUGUUAAUGGGUAUGAGUUUGUUCUUGUUCUUGGUUAUGCACCUUGGUGUUCAAGAAGUGCUGAACUUAUGCCUCAUUUUGCUGAAGCUGCUAAUUCUUUGAAAGAGUUUGGAAAUUCUCUUGUUUUGGCUAAGUUGGAUGGUGAUAGGUUUACUAAAGCUGCUUCUUUUCUUGGGAUUAAAGGCUACCCUACUUUGCUUCUUUUUGUUAAUGGGACUUCUCAACCUUAUUCUGGCGGUUUCACGGCGGAUGAUAUAGUUAUAUGGGCAAGAAAAAGGACCGGUACACCUGUUAUUCGGAUAAGUACAGAGAAAGCAGCAGAGGAAUUUCUGAAAAAGUAUCACACUUUUCUCAUUGGCCGCUUUGAUAAAUUUGAGGGCCCUGAAUAUGAAGAAUUUGUGAGUGCUGCAAAGUCCGAUAAUGAAACCCAGUUCGUUGAUGUGAGUAAGGUAGAGCUUGCCCAAGUUCUUUAUCCAGAUAUCAAGCCUACUGGUAAUUUUCUCGGGAUCGUUAAGAGCGAACCUGAAAGAUAUACAGCUUAUGAUGGAGCUUUCAGGUUGGAUAAAAUAAUGGAGUUUUUAAGCUACAACAAAUUUCCGUUAGUUACACAACUCACUGAAAUGAAUUCUGUCAGUGUCUACUCAAGCCCAGCCAAGCAUCAGGUUUUUGUCUUUGCGAACACUGAUGACUUCAAGAAUCUUCUUGAUUCACUUCAAGAAGUAGCAAGAACAUUCAAGUCGAAGAUAAUGUUUAUAUAUGUGGAUAUUAACGACGAGAACCUUGCAAAGCCCUUCCUGACAAUGUUUGGACUUGAAGAAUCAACAAAUACUGUGGUAGCUGCAUUUGAUAAUGGAAUGAGCUCAAAAUUUCUAUUGGAGUCAAAACCAACACGAAGCAAUAUUGAAGAGUUCUGCAGUAAACUUGUGCAAGGUUCUUUGCUGACUUACUUCAAGUCGCAGCCAAUACCAGAUAAUACUGAAGCUAUUGUCCAAGUUGUUGUUGGGAAAACAUUUGACGAAGAAAUUUUGAACAGCAAGAAGGAUGUGGUUUUAGAGGUAUUCACACCUUGGUGUUUCAACUGUGAGGACACAAGCAAGCAAGUAGAGAAGUUGGCAAAGCACUACAAAAGUUCAAGCAAUCUAAUAUUUGCAAGGAUAGAUGCUUCAGCAAAUGAACAUCCAAAACUGCAAGUGAAUGAUUUUCCCACACUUUUACUUUACAAAGCAAAUGAUAAGACAAAUCCGAUCAAGCUUUCUACGAAAUCUAGUUUGAAAGAAUUGGCUGCAUCCAUCAACAAACACGUUAAAGUCAAGGAUCAAGUCGCCAAAGAUGAGCUAUAGAACAAAUCAAUGUUUUGGGAGAAAAGUAGUUAACCUUUAGAAAGGAAACAUUAUGGAAAAAUAUAUAUCAGGAUGCCUUGCUUGAGCAUUUUCAAACAUUCUUCCGUGUCCCCCUCUUUUUUGGGUGAUUCAGAUGUAAUUUAGAUUGUUAUCAGAGUUUGCUCACUGCAAAAUGGCAAAAAGCUUGAGCAGUGAUGAACCGGUGCACUGGUUAACAUUUUUCCUUUCAAAUCUCAUACAAAACCACCCCUAUAAGAUACAAGCAUUAUGAUGGCACAUUCACUGUACUUGUAUGUACUGAUAAUGAUUUUCAUUGUCACAACAACUAAAUGAAAUAUAAAACGAUAUGUUUCCUUCUUUUACCAA